GUAGUAUCGUUUUUCCGGCUGUUGCCGACGGACGCGGAGCAAAACUAUACUGUCUAUGAGCAAAACAGACUCCUGUGUUCGUAGCCGUUAGCUCUGUUAGCGCCGUUAGCUUCUUCUUGUCUGUUUUUUGUUGUUGAAUAUGGGAGAGGCAGAUGUGACGCUGAAUCAGACCGACGAGAAGCCUCCGGACUCGGGGCUGGUUCCCGGGGAGGACUCGGUGGUCUGGAGCCACGAGGUGGAAGUGUGUCUGUUCCACGCGAUGAUCGGACACAAACCCGUCGG